AUGGAGCCAGCCGCUCUUGCUCGAUGCCACGAUACACAACACCAAGUUCCUUUUCGACUUGCUGUUCAUCACGUCGAUGGCUUCCAUGGAGCAGAGGAAAGUAUGCCAUCUUCAUCUAGGCAGAUAGCUGGACGGCCAGGAGCUGUCGUCCUGCUACCCUAUGCCAAUGGAUGCGCCUCCCAGAUGGCUAGCAACGCCAGAUCCAGCUGGAAAGGACUCUACGGGGGUGAGAGGUGGAUAACAAUAGCAAGAAGGAGCAUGCCAUCGAGGAGUGCAAGCAGCGGCACUCCUCCGCAAUGGGGUAUGGCUGCAGGGGAGGGGACACGGCCAACGACAGGAAGAAGGAGCAAGUCGUCGAGGAGUACAAGCAGCAGGUUUCCUGUGACUGGAAGUCUGAAAAUGAAGAUAGGGCAUAUUGUUUUGGUUCUGUGGCCGGAGAUAUUGUGGCUUGAUUUCCCUAGAGCAAUCGGACCCUUCCAAGAUAGAAGAUAA